AUACACUUCUUCAUUGCCUCUUUGAACUUGCCUAACAACUCCAAAUCCUGUUCAAUUCAAGUAGAGUUUAUCAUCCCUCUCUCUUUCUCAGUAAUGGCAGAUGGAACAGAAGAAGCUCUUCACGAUAGAAUAAAUCGAAAGCUCCGAGAUCCUGCUUUAAUAAACAGUUCAAGCCAUAUGAUUUUCAAAGUGCCUUGUCCUUUACGCGAGAUAAAUGAAAAGGCCUAUGAACCUCGAGUGAUCUCCAUUGGCCCUUACCACCAUGGUAAAAAGCACCUGAAGGCAAUGGAGGUGCAGAAAAUGAAGAGUCUAAAAUCGAUUCUUGACUACACAGGAGAAAAUAGUGUGGAGAAAUAUGUGACGGCCUUGAAAGAAAUGGAAGAAAAAAUUCGCGGAUUUUAUUCAGAAAAUCUGGAUAUUAGUGGGGAAGAACUAGUAGAAAUGAUGCUUCUUGAUGGAUUCUUUAUCAUUGAGCUUAUUUUCCUCAGUAAAAAUGCGCUUGCAAAUAUUCAUGGGAAUAAUGUAUUGCGCGAUCUGCUGCUAGUUGAAAAUCAACUUCCUUUCUCUGUACUCUCCAAGUUACAUUCCAUGUCUAUGAUUCAGGGGGGUCUGCUCAGAAGGGAUUCAGAGGACAACAUUGUCGAAGGUGUAAUUUUUUGCUUCCAUAGAAUGGUGCCAGGACUUCCACUUAUAGCACGUGCCGAGAAUCUGGACGCCAAGCAUAUGCUCGGCUUGCUCCAUGAUAUUGUAACUCGUACAUCUGGAAGGCCACCUAGUUCAGCAACAGCAAGUUCUCCAUGGUGGGGGCGCUGUUUAGCAUGGGCAAGUAGGCGGCCAUUUCCAAGCUGGCUGCCCUGUUUAGCACCGGCACUGGUACUUGCAGGAAUGUCUGAACCGCGAGAAUGGCGUUUCAGUCGUUCUGCAACUGAGCUCAAUGAGGCCGGGAUCAAGUUCCAGAAAAAAGAGGGGAACUUGUUUGAUAUAGAGUUUGAAAAGGGGGUGAUGUCAAUUCCAACCCUAGUAGUCGAUGAUGAUACAGAAUCCAUCUUUCGAAAUUUCGUUGCUUAUGAACAGUGCAACGUGGGCAUUUUCUCAACACCCUUCUCGGCUUAUAUUACAUUCAUGGAUCGCCUCAUCAACACAGGAAAGGACGUUGGAUUACUUUGUCACUGUGGAGUUCUUGAUAAUUGCUUGGGUAGUCAUGAAGUCGUUGCCACCAUGUUUAACAGACUCUGCGACUCUGUUGUGAUCUCAGAGAAUAACUUCCACUACUCCGUGAUACUCAACAGAGUGAACGAGCAUUGCAACAGAAAGUGGAACCAGUGGAAGGCAAACUUAAGGCACAAUUACUUUAACACUCCAUGGGCAUCAAUUUCCGUCAUUGCUGCGGUUAUCUUGCUUCUACUUACCGUGCUGCAAAGUUUAUAUUCAGUUCUCGCUUACCAUCAUCCGCAGUAAGUAUGGGAAAGCUCCGCUCUAGAUAAUAGAGGCAGGAAUAUGGACGAGUAUCAAGAGUGAAAGUCGUGUUCCAUUUAAACCAUAUGUUUUGUUUGCGAUUAUAGGGUUUGGCAAUAGGUGAACUUAGAAGUUCAGACAAUUAUUUACCCGUUUGACUACUUCUAGAGGGUAAUAUCAUGUUAUAUGAGUGUGUAGGGGUUUGAAAAUGGGAUAGUUAUCUCCUAUUGGGAAUCCUAUCAUUGUAUAAAAAAAUAAAGAAAUCAUGUUAUGUAUUCUGAAUAAAUACAUGAAUGGCUU